AUGGCCCGUAAAGGAGUCUUCUCAUGGGAGGAUGUGUUGGUUCAGCGAUAUCAGAACCUGAAAACAGGCAACAAACCCCCUUCACUUCUCCACGUUCAAGCAAUAGCCUUCUCCUCACAACUCCAAAGUCGACUCCUCACUCGGCUAUCACCGGAGCUUCGGCUAAUGAUUUGGGGAUUUGUCCUGGCAAACCAAAGAAUCCACAUAAUCCAAUGCAGCAGGCAACGACUUGGGCACGUGCUAUGUCCAUGUGCGCUCGAGUCAAAGCGCCACAAACACAAAUGCGAGAUUUGUCAUGGCACCGGCAUCUCCCAGCCGGCCAAAGAGGCUGAUCUCCUGCGCUGGAAUAAGGUUAAGCUACUGGGUCUGGCGUUGACUUGUCGGCAGAUAUACCACGAAUCAAUCCCUCUCCUCUACACCCUCCCAACUCUAGAAUUCAGUAACCCCUGGACCCUCCCAUACCUCCUCCCAACGAUCCCACCAGAACACCGCGACCGCAUACGCGCCAUCGAGCUCCGCUGGUCCUUCCCAGGCCACUGGCUCCCAAGCAAAGACUCCGUACGUGCCGUGUACGUGUCCGCCGGACGGGCACAGUGGACCGAGACAUGCCGGGCGGUAUCGCAGCUAGGCUCCCUGCGGUCAUUCGUGCUCGUUCUGGAGAGCAAUUGGUUCAGCGAGCCCGUUGAAAAAUUGGUUGGGUUUUUGGAGCCGUUGAGGGGGGUGGUUGUUCGGCCUGUUUCGAGACGGGGUUGGGAUGGGGAUUGUAUGAAGGAUGAUGUGGAUGUGGAGCUUGGUGGGAAUUGUGGGGGUCUGUUUCGGAGGGAUCCCGGGUUCGGUGAUGGGUUUAGUUCCGACGAGGACUCUUGUAAGAGUUUGGGAUCGGGUUCUGGGUCGUUUUCUUCGGUUGAUUCGGCUUCUGAGUCUCGGGGUAGUUGGGAGUUGAGGCUUCAGGGUCAGUCGUAUUAUUUGCAUGAAUUGGAUCGCAUAGGGGUGGAUCUUCGGCGGAGGGGCAUAGACUGCUGGAUAUCAGCGGUGUGA